CCGACGCGCCCACACCUUUUUUUAAAUAGUCGGUGAAAGACGAAACAGCUGAUUUGUUUCGGUUUAAAGCACAUGUUUCGUGCGGUAUAGUCGCAGAAUAUUAGUCAGUUUUUUCAUUGUAAAGUAUUGAAGUUCGUAAGUUCGAUAAAAUAUAAUUGACAAGGGUAAAGGACGUUCUUUUUAGUAAAUGGUUUUUUGUGAAAUGAAAAAUAUUCUCUAGGUUGUAUUUUUUGAAUAAUUUCUCUAACCCGAGAAAAAUGGCUGACCGUGAUAGCGCAUCCGAAAGCGACUCGAGUUCAAUCGACGGUGGUCCGAUUAUGAUGCCACCCUCUCCUAUUUCUCGUGAACAAUUACAAAAAAGAAUUGAAUCGCUUCAACAACAUAAUCGUGUUCUUAAAGUUGAACUCGAAACGUAUAAAUUACGAGUAAAGGCACUCCAGGAAGAGAAUCGUAGCCUUCGUCAAGCUUCUGUCAUUAUACAAGCUAAAGCGGAACAAGAAGAAGAAUUUAUAAGUAAUACAUUGUUAAAAAAGAUACAGGCUCUUAAGAAGGAGAAAGAAACGUUAGCUCAUCAUUAUGAACAAGAAGAAGAAUGUUUAACAAAUGAUCUGUCCAGAAAAUUGAAUCAAUUACGCCAAGAGAAAUGUCGCUUAGAACAAACAUUAGAACAAGAACAAGAAUGUCUUGUGAACAAGUUAAUGAGAAAAAUAGAAAAAUUGGAGGCAGAAACUCUUGCGAAACAAAGCAAUUUGGAACAGUUACGUAGAGAAAAGGUUGAGCUUGAAAAUACACUUGAACAAGAGCAAGAAGCUUUGGUCAAUAAAUUAUGGAAACGAAUGGACAAGUUAGAAGCGGAAAAAAGAAUGCUUCAAAUAAAAUUGGAUCAACCAGUAUCAGAUCCAACUUCUCCAAGGGAAAUUAAUAAUGGUGAUACUGCGACUAAUUUAAGUACACAUAUUCAAACAUUAAGAAGUGAGGUUGCACGUUUAAGGCAUACUUUAUUAAUAUCACAACAAGAACAUACGGAAAAAAUGCAACGUUAUGUUAACGAAGAGAAACAAAUACGCGAAGAAAAUUUAAGACUGCAAAGAAAACUACAAUUAGAAGUAGAACGUCGAGAAGCUUUAUGUAGACAUUUGUCAGAGUCAGAAUCUAGUUUGGAAAUGGAAGAAGAACGUCAUUAUAAUGAAAUCGUAAUGUCGGGUGGAAAUAUAAGAAAUCGCACGGUUUCUAGUCCCGUCCCGUAUAAUCCUUCGCCUAGUUCUUCUAGGCCACUCAGUCCAGGUAAUAAUGUAAUAGGUUCAGCAUCACGAGAAAAUUUCAAUACUAAUCGGUGUUAUGCGUGUGGUCAACCAACUACUCUUCCUUUUACUAGUUCAUCUCCUCCUUCUGGGGGACACAUAGUUCCACCAUCUACCAGGCGUACAUCUGAUAGAUUUGUUAAGCCAGCAAUUCCUCCAACUAUUGUGAAUCCUGCCGGUCCUCAGUUAACAAAUCCUACUGCUAAUACAACUGGAUCACCUAUGGAUAUUGCUAAAACAUAAAUAUUUGGGAUAUAUAUAUAUCAGUUGGUCCGAUAUCAUCAUCAUUUAUAUAUUAAUGAAAGGUACUUCUUUUAUUGGUGCAUUUGUACUAAUUACAUGAUUAUAUAUGAUAGAUGCAACCA